UAUCACCUGUCAUUGUUUCAGUAGUUACACUCUACCUUCCCGAACUCGGAGGGGCAGAUUCUGCUGGCUGGGAAACCUAAAAGAAAGACCAUUCAGGCAUCCUACAGACUUCAAAAGCCGGCUUCCAGAGUUAAGAUUUAAAAUAAUAACCCAAGAUGGAAAGCCUGGCAUGGGAACCAGUUCAGCGCUGGUCAAGUUCCCACCCGGACUGUUCCCCAACCCGCCCCUUCUCAGGAAGUGGGGAGGGACUGUUACCACCCACGUGCCGGAAGUUGCUUUUUCCUGAAUACCUGGCUAUUCUGGCGGCUCAGCUUUAUUUACAUCUCCUGAUUCCAAGGUGGCAACAGCAUACUUCUGAUUCAGCCCCUCCACUUAGCUGUAAAAAUGAAUUAAUCAGAACUGCCUGGCAUCUUCCUGAGCAAGACUUUCAAUUGGACCCAGCAUGCUUCAUUUCAUCCAGAAGUUUUCUCAGGCAUCUUCAAAGAUGCUGAAGUACUCUUUCACAUUCCGACUAGGAGCCAGCAGAAUAGAAACACUUUCUCUCAAGACAUGUCUCCAGCAAAACUUUUCCCCUUUGUUGCCAGGGCCUUGGUUUUUCUCAUCAUUUCCAGUGUAUAUGAACAAGACACAAUACUAUCAUACUUCCCCAUGCAGCUUUAAGAAGCAGCAGAAGCAAGAAGUCCUUCCAACCAAGCCACCAGGCACCAUAACUUUCCUGCUUGAAAGCCCAAAGCCACUAUUAUACAUAAUUCUGGCAGGAGUAAUCCCCUUUGUUGCUCCACCACUGGUCAUGGUGAUGGCAAAGACUUAUAUCCCCUUAUUAGCUUUUACUCAGAUGGCUUAUGGAGCCAGUUUCCUAUCUUUCUUGGGAGGGAUCAAAUGGGGUUUUGCUCUGCCAGAAGAUAAUACAGCCAAACCAGACUUCCUCAGUUUAGCUAGUAGUACGCCUCCUCUUCUGUUUUCAUGGUUUGCCUUCCUUAUUUCUGAAAGACUCAGUGAAGCUAUAGUCACAGUAAUAAUAGGUUUGGGGAUAGCAUUACACAUUGAACUUUUUCUCUUGCCACAUUAUCCCAACUGGUUCAAAGUCCUUAAGAUAGUAGUCACUUUAGUGGCUUUGCUUUCAUUUGUAAUCACUUUACUAGUUAAAGAUAUUUAUCCAGAGAAAGGACUCAAGAAGCCUGGUCAAGUAGAAUAAAUAUAAAAACUACUUUGUAGAUAAUGUUAGCAUGUUGGCUACAAGCCUCGUAAAGUUGUGUUUGGGCAUCACCUUUUUCUUCUUCUCCUGUUUAGCUUUUGCUCCCCAUCAGUGGUUAUUUAUUCACAGAUUUUUUUUUUUCAUUUCUAGAAAUCUUUAUUUCCUAGGAAUUAUUUGAUAAGAGUUUGAAAAUCCCUAACAAGUCAUUUUCACUUUAGGUUACAUUUUUCAGUGUGUAUGAAUUAUACAUAACAUUUUAAUGUUUUACUUGUUUUGAAAAACGUAAAAUGAAAAAAUAUAUAUAUAAAAUGAUAAAAAUGAAAAUCCUUUUUGCUAGAGCCUUAUGAUCAUUGAAAAAAGACACACAUAUUCUCCCAUAAGAGGAAAACCCUGUAUCCAUGAGUGUUUGAAAAUAAUAGGUGGUUCCGUUGUGGGGUUGUCAUUGCACUUGACCCUGAGAAUUGCAUUUCCAAGCUCAUUUUAUCUGGUAUAAUCUAGUUAUAUGAGCUGAAAGGAUCUGUGGCUCUAAAAGUCAGUAGGGAGCAGUAUCAUAAGGGGAAAGCCAUAUUCAAAGAAAGCUGGACACAUUUUCCAGUUUGUAUCCAAUUUUUAUAGACACAACCCCAUCUUCAAAUAUCAUCAGCUGGUCAAAAAAAUUUUUAAAUAAAGUCACAAGUAUGUAUAAAUUA